UUAUCUACUUUUCGUGGGACGGGCUUAUCAUGUAAGCUAUCUUUUAUCAAUAUAAAAAACAAACAUUGAUAACUUUAAUUAAUAAAAAAAGUCAAUUACGAUUUUAGAAUAAUUUCUAUGUAAAUGAUUGAUUUUUAUAGUGCUCGUCUCGAAGAGUUCAAAAAGUAGAAUAUGGGUAGAUAAAAUUCAGUUUAAAUUAUAUGGAAAUUAGAUACUGUACUAUAGUAUUUGUUGAAUUUUAACUGUUCUUAUGAUGUAAAUUUUUAAUAUUUAAAAUGCUAUUUACUAUACGUGUUUAUAUUUCUCUUUUUAAUUAAUUUUUUUCCUUUGAAUUAUUUAAUUAAUACUUUUCAAUGGUUUCCCCUGACAUUAUUGUUAAAACAGAACCUGACUACAAUUCUUGUACAAUUUAUUAUUGUCCAGUAAUUGGUUGCAAGUAUAAUGUAAACAAUAAUUUAUCAAUGAAGCAUUUUAAAACAUAUAAGCUUCUAAAACAACAUUGUAUUAAAGUACAUUCAGAUAAAAAGUACAAAUGUAAUAAUUGUAAAAAAGGGUUUGCUUUGGAAUCUACCCUAAAAUCACAUCAUGUUACAUGUGGUGUUGUGUAUUCAUGCUAUUGCGGGAUUCGGUAUAAAUCACCUGAGGCAUUUCUUACUCAUACUAAAAGAAAACAGCAUGACAUAGGACUAGGAUAUUCGACUAUUAUGAAACUCUUAAAGUCCAGGAAAUUAUUUCCUAGUUCAGAAGAUGACUUUCAAAAAUCAACCAAAAAGUCUGCUCAUACACAAACUGUAACAGACGUUCAAACAUUAUCAGAUUCUUCUACCCAAACAAAUUUUGAUAGUAAAGAUUGUUUAUUAAGAUAUAAUGAUCCAAAAUUAUCAUCAGCUACAUCAAGUCCUAUUAGACGUUUAUGUGCUCAAACCCAAACAGACCCUCAAGGAAGCAAUGUAAAAAAUAUUGCCGAUACAAUGUUUUUGGAUUCUGAAACCCAAACUAAUUUUGAUUUCUUAGAUAUUUAUACUCAAACAGCUGAUUCUGAGUGUUUAUUUGGAGAUUUAGAGUUCACAAACAUACAGACACAAACUAAUUUUAGCUCUUUUUUCAAUAAUAAUAAAGUAGACGUCAAAGAUAAUAGUAACUGAUUUUCUUUAUUGAUUUUUGAAAAACUAGUGUUUUUAAAAUAUACUAUAACGAUUAAGGUUAUAUUGUAAUUAAAUAUUUAAAUUAAAAAGUUGCGAGCAAAUUUUUUAUCUUAAUAUAAAAAUUUUAAUUAUAUGUAAUGUAAUCAUGUGACGUCUUUAUGUGAUUUGUA